UGGGAUAGAUAAACAGUCAUAGGUGUCGUACGGCUCUCUACGUUUCAAUGUAAAAUGUAGAUUACGUUUACGUAGGUAAUUACAAAAAUGUAAGGUGUUGAGGGUUGUGAUAGAUGUAAUGUGCUUUACUUCAAAAUACUUUUUCAAUUAGCAAUGCUCAGUAAGAGCUAAGAAGUGUUGUGAUCAAUUUAUUUUACUAUGUAAAAUGACAGUUACACGUUUAAGAUGUGGCCAGAUUACCAUUCAUACAAUGGUUCUGUUCUAACAACUUUCAAUUAUUUUUCUUAUCUUUAAACUCUACCUGCUAAAAUGUUUGGUAAGAAAAUACAGGUUGAUGUGAAGAAAUCUACUCAAAAAAUCCAGGACCCAAAAAAGGAUUCUCCAACUCGCUUUAAGCAUUUGAGAAUAGUGUUGGAACAUGUUGACGUCGAAGAGGGAAAACAACUUUUCGAAACCAACUACAGCCACAUUUAUUACAUUUUCUACGAUAAUUUCAUCAGCGCAGAAACAAAUCUCAAACAAAAAGAACUACCAUUUCAUUUGGCUCACAAAGCGCACCGUGAAGAGCUGGAAGGCGUCCUCUAUGUGCUAGACAGGAUCCUCACCUUCUGUCCCGAGCUGUUGGCCAAACGAUGGCAGUGUCACAGCUUGACGAGGCUCAUCACCAAACUUCUGCAUCCCGGAAAUUCGUGGAAGUUACGUCGGGAAGCAAUCAAAUACUUGCUGCUAUGGUACCAGGCUCUGGGCGAGAAUGCACCCGAGUCAAUUCAUGCGCUGUUCGCCUCUCUGGUGCCUGGCUUCCCCUCCCCCUUCCCCCACCUCCCGGGCCUCACCGCUCUCAACAAUCCCCCCUCCGCCACCAUAUUCCAUGAUGGCAGCCAAGGACCCGUGGCUCCAGUGGAACUGCAAGCAAUAUUCCCGCCACAAUCGGGAGAAAAACAACCUGAAGAUCCCAUGAAAUAUUUCCUAGAAGCUCUUCUAGAAUUCAUGGUCACACAGGUCUCAAGAGUGGAAUGGAGGGAUAAAUUUUUCAGACAGCAGAGAUGUUUUAAAUUUCUGUUUGAUCGUUUCAAAGAAUACUACCUCCCGCAUAUAUUUCCGUCAUUUUCUACUAUAACCAGCCUUUACAAACCAGUUCUAGAUCUGCCCAAUCUACGGUCUCAACCUCCCAGUGAGGAUAAGAAACGGUUUACUUUGGAUCCAUUCAUGAAUUGCAGGGUGGCUGUUAUAAAAUGGGUCGCUAAUUUUACUCAUAUUACAAAGACAAAUAAUAAGGAAUUAUUUCCUCUCUUUGGUCGCUCUGCUAGCGUGACUCCGAGUGAGAGCGAGGGAGAACGAUCUCCGUUGUCGGACCUGCGCCGUGUCAGUGUGGGUCAGGCGCCUUCUGCUCUGCUAACUGGAUCCAGUGUCUCAGCUGAUGAUAACAGGGACAAUGUGUCGCCAUUCUCAUCUCAUGAACCUUCUCAAAGCGAGGAUCCAAGUUUGACAGCAUUCAACAUUGUUCGCGAAGUGCUGUACGGCAGUCAGGAGAAUGUCAACUUUGUUCAUGAAAUCUACAGGCAGGCAUUCCUUUUGAACUUCGCCUAUUCUCCCGCCAUUCGCCGGGCGAUCACUGUUUACAAGGAUUGGAUUCAUAUGAAUGUAGUUGAAGUUCCACCCUUCAUGUUGGAACCAUUGGACGGUCACAGGUCGGGUCCAUCAUCUUCUGAGUACAAUAGCAUGGAAUCUUCAAGUCAGAGCACCAAUAUGAGUGACGAAGGGAGAGUAUUAAGGUUGCGGAACGACUCCUACAUUGGUGCGAUACAAAAAGAAAAUUUGUCGGUUCGGGCCGGCAUGCAGAAUGUGUUACAAGUAUUCAUCACUCAUGCAGCCAACGUAUUUCUGCUAGAAGUUAGUGCUGAAUAUCCGGUGCUUCUUGAUGAGCAAGUGGAUAUCUGUAAACGAGUUCUCAACAUUUAUCGAUACAUGGUUAUGCACACUCACAUGGAGGCCAGAACUUGGGAGCAGCUAUUGCUUGUUUUACUAAGAAUCACGUCCCUAAUUUUAACGAAAACGCCUCCACGACGUAAAGAAGAGACUCUUGGUGGCCGAUUAGCCCCUGCUAUUUUCCAGACGUUGAUUGUUACUUGGAUCAAAGCAAACCUGAAUGUUGUGAUCAGCUCUGAUUUAUGGGAGCGAUUUCUGGAUGUGUUGAGUUCAUUGACUCAAUGGGAGGAACUUAUCAGGGAAUGGGCGAAAACACUUGAAACGCUGACGCGGGUCCUGGCCCGACACGUGUACAACCUAGAACUGACCGAUCUGCCGCUGGACCGGCUGAGCGAGCAGAAGUCGAAGAAGCAGAAGCGCAUUGGUUCGGUGAUGCGUGGAUCGCAGGGCAGCCAGGCUCGUAGGGAGAGCGAAUCGCCCCAGCAAACCAAAAUACAAACUGAUGUGUCUGUUGAUGUUUCCGAUCCUGUGGCGAGCCGAGAUUGUGAGAGAUGUCUGCCUUUGAGAAGAAGUCUCAGUGAAAAUAAUUUAAAUUUGGGUCAUCGGAGACAUCAGCAUAAACAUCACCAUCAACACCAUCAUCAUCAUCAACAUAGCAAUCAUCAUCAAAAUCAUCACACCAAUCAUCCUCGAGCCAGUCAUCAUCAACAUCACCACAGCAACCAUCAUCAUACUCAUCAUUCCAAUCAAAACAUUCCAGAAAUAGAGCAAGAGGUGGCCAGAAUAUUGGCUGAACCAUCAAGAAUUCGACAUCCCAGGAAGUCGAGGUCUAUGGAUUCUCUCAGUGACAGAAAAGCUCAUUGUUCCACUGUGUACUGCGACUCAGAGCGACCAUCACGAUCCCCCUCCCCUGCUCCUUCGAGUGGCGUGGAGAGCAACUCCUUCAAAGAGUCUCCCAUGCAGAUCGAUGUCCUUAGCACCGAAGGAACUAGCCUGGAAGUGGGUGAAGGCGGUGGGGGCGGCUGGGGUGGAGCGGUUGCAGGGGGCGGGGGGCAGCGGUCGGUGAUGUCGGGUGGGGGUGUGAAGGGGUGGCUGCCUGACGUGGCAGUGGUGCUGUGGCGACGUAUGCUCGGUUCGCUCGGCGACAUCAACCAGCUGCAAGACCCCGCCCUCCACACUCAGGUCUUUCACUACCUCGUCGAGUUGUUCGACACGCUGCAUAAGAUUCGAUUGAAUCAAGGUGUAUCUCACGAUGGACAAGGAACCCCGCCGUUGCCUGAACUAGUGCCUCCCCUCACCAUUAUUGCACCUUGGUGCUUUCAGGCUUUAACAUUGCCAGACAAUUUCCACCGUGGAAAGCUGUGCGCCUAUCGGCUUCUCUGUCAGAUGACGUUGAUGAAUCACGAUGUGGCUCUACCUGCGGGCCACUUGACACAGUUCUACAAAGUACUGCAUUAUGGACUCAUCUCUGGUGAACAGAGUGUAGUAAACACGCUGGUUCGCUUCUGUGGUCCGAGAUUUCUAUCGCUUCAGCUACCUGGUUUUUCUCUGCUAUUGUUGGAUUUUAUUCACGCUGCGAAUUCAGUUGUCUCAUCGUCCGAUCUGCGUGCUACUCCCCGAACAGAAGCCAUGUCGAUAUUGGGAUCGAUGCUCUGCUUCCCGCAGUCCCUCUGUCAAAUGCCCAUGCUGCAGCCAAACCACAGAGAGCUCAUCGUUCACACCUGUCUUGACAUCAAGGACCACGUUGUGAAUAUCCUGCUUCGUUGCGGCAAGACGGAAACGGCAGGAGUAGCCAGAUGUGUCGCUCUUUCCAGUCUCGGAAUAUUUCUCUAUCAGGAGUUCUGCACCGGCUCAACGCAUCCGAAAAUCAAAGAAGCCAUCAAUACGCUGCUCCUUGCACUCAGGUUCAAUCACAAAGUGGUUGCUCAGGUGGCCUCAGAUAUCUUACUGCUGCUUUGUGAUCAUUCCAACUUUCUCCUUCGCAAUUAUCCAGAAAUUCCUCCCAGGAUUGUUGAGGUUGUAGCAGGAACUUUAUCGCACCUGAUGCCCAUCGGAGAAGCCGACAAACGUCUGCUGACGUCAUUAGUCUUUUGCUUGAGCGAGUGGACAAUGCGGCUGCCUCCCAAGGCCCUCUUCACGUCGACUCACACCAAUUCGUGCCUAUUGCAUUCCGUUUUUAAGGUUUUGACUGACUUGAGCGAGGAGAACAGGGGCAAGCGAGGGGGCAGCGGCCACAGAGGGGUGGGGGGUUCGUUCCACCCCGACCUGGUGCAGGAGUUCAACCCCAACCUGGAGCUGGACAACCUGAAGCAGGAGGACCCCAGUCCGUCGGUGGCCCGCCGCUUCCAAGGCAUGUCGCCUCACCUCAACUCCACCGGCCAUUCCAUUCAGCUCGCUUCUAAAAUGGUACUGUUCGUGACUAGAACGGGCCUGCUGAUGUCGAUGGUGGAGUUGCCGACGCUGGAGGUGCCUGGUGGCGGUGUGACGGCUGGAUUGGUAACCGCCCCCUCCCAGGUCCGCGUCCUGCUCCGUGACCUGGCCGGAAAGUCGUGUUGGGACGCCUCUAUACUCUACUGCACUCCUGAACAGCAGAAGCAAUCUGAGGAGAACAGUAUAGUCAACAAAGUGAACCACCAAAGAUUUGAAGAGUCGAUGUUGAACUCGUGCAUUGUUACCAACCUGCCGCAGCACACGCUCAGGCAUCGGCCACCGCACGUGUUGCCAACCUGCGAAAACUCCGCCGAAGAUCUCGACAAUUUGGAUGAUCUACUGCAGUACAUCGGCGAAACAAGUCCCGAAUGUCUGGAGAACCUUGACACUCCGCGCAACAUGCCGGCGGCGGCACUCAAUCCCGUGCUGGAGGAGGAAGCGAUGCGCGCACUGCUGAGUCAGCGGUUCGUCGAGGCCGACCACGUGACGCGCGCGGCGUACGCGGGUGGCGAGGCUGUGCGCGCCACAUGCGCGCCACGCGCCACGUAUGCGCCGCCCCAGGCGCCAUUCCACCACUGUCGACUGCUGUUUUCGCAACUCGGCCUCGCCGGCUGGGAGCGGCGCAACCAUCUCUACCUGCUCGACAAGAGUGACAAACUGCUCAGGGAGCUCAAGCAUCUCGACAAACUCGAGUGCAGAGAAACGCACAAGGUGGCAGUGAUCUACGUGGCCGAGGGCCAGGAGGACCGCAACUCGAUCCUGUCGAACGCGGGUGGCAGCCAGGCCUACGAGGAGUUCGUGUCAGGCUUGGGCUGGGAGGUGGAGCUGGAGGCGCACACCGGCUUCAUGGGCGGACUGCAGGCCAACAAGUCGACCGGCGUCACGGCGCCCUAUCACGCCACCUCGCUCACCGAGACCAUUUUCCACGUCGCCACCCGGAUGCCGUCCGCCAGUCAGGAGGCUCUCCUGCUAAAGACGAAGCAUUUGGGGAACGACGAAGUGCACAUAGUGUGGUCAGAGCACACGAGGGAUUACCGACGCGGUAUACUGCCGACAGAAUUCUGCGAUGUGCUGAUUGUCAUCUACCCGCUGCCUCACUCCAAUCGGCUUUACAGAGUACAAGUGUCUAGGAAACCUGAGGUGCCUUAUUUCGGUCCUUUAUUCAAUGAAGCAAUAGUUGGGCACCAGGUUCUGCCCGGCUUGAUAAGAGCCACUGCAAUUAGCGCUUCUCGCGCUAAACGAAGUAUUAUGGCUUUCCACCAACAGUAUUAUGAGGAGAGGUCUAGAACGUUGGAGACUAUAGUGAGGAAUCAUAAGAAUGCAACUACGUUUGAGGAAUUCGCAGCACAAGUCUACUCGCCUGUUCAGACGCCAUCACCGUUUGGAAUUAGCACCACUAGAGCCUCAGGUGUUAGUAUGCGCAGCGUGGAAACGGGCAGUGGCGCAUGCGCAGUGAACACAUCUUCGUCCACUCUGGCUGCGGCUCUCAUCGACUCGCACACGCACACACACCACAAUCUCAGGAAUCGGCUCGCCUCAGACAUUUCCCGGCUCAAAGGUCAGGAAGGAGGCGGUAACCGCGUGUGGUUCGCGGCGGGCGAAGCGGGUGACGCGGGCAUUUCGCCGCGUCCGCUCAAAAAGCUGGCCUUGAAAGCGGGCAGUCGACGCGCGCCCCAGCCGCAGCAGGUACCCCCCUCCACACCCCCCGACAGUCCCACCUCGCGACGCUCCAAAUAGCUUUCCUCACCGCUCACCUAUUCAUUCAUUACGUUUUGUCGAUACACAUUAUUUAUACAUUACAUUUUGUUGAUACACGCAUUAUAAUGCAACCUUAUUCAUAGUUCUGCAAUUGAAUUAUUGUUAAACUGCACCCCAAGGGUGGAGGAUAGAUUUAUUUAGUGUAUGUAUUUUAGUAGUACUGCUCUGUUAAGCGAACCCCCCCUAUCUGAAACAUUUCUUAUUUUCUAAUACCGCAUCCACAUGUUGGUCCAAUAAAGGCCAAUGUUGACUAGCGCCAGUGUGUGUGGAUCCGUGGUUUGCCAGCGCUUGCCAUCAUUGGGCUACGUUGGAUAACCGGUCUGGCCAACAUGUGGUAGUAUUGAUAGCGUCUUAGUAAAUCCAUUUUAGAAUUUUAAGACUCGGUAACAUUAAGUAAAUCGGGGCAGCAUUGACCGUGUACUGCAGCAGCUGCCAGCGGGUCUCGUCUAGCCGACAAGACGAAUCCCUCAAGCUAAGGGUACCUAAGUCGUCUACAGACGAUUCCGAGUCCCAACAUUGAACUCCCCAUAGUUUAAAACACAGUGUUUUACUUGAUUGUGUCGAUUGAAUAAAAGCUAGAAUCUAGUGGCUAGCAACUAUAGUGAGGUCCACGUUAUAAUGACAGUGUUUGAUUAUCGAUGGUAUUGCUAUCCUUGUCUAUCGUUCAACAAA